AUGGCCGAGGGCAAGGCGGGCGGCGCGGCGGGCCUCUUCGCCAAGCAGGUGCAGAAGAAGUUCAGCAGGGCCCAGGAGAAGGUACUACAGAAAUUGGGGAAAGCCGUAGAAACCAAAGAUGAACGAUUUGAACAAAAUGCCAACAACUUCUUCCAUCAACAGGCAGAGGGUUACAAGCUAUACAAGGACCUGAAGAACUUCCUUAAUGCAGUGAAAGUGAUGCAUGAAAGUUCUAAGAGAGUGUCAGAAACUCUGCAGGAGAUCUACAGCAGUGACUGGGAAGGUCAUGAGGAGCUAAAGGACAUUGUAGGGAACAAUGAUCUCCUUUGGGAAGACUAUGAAGAGAAACUAACUGACCAGGCUUUGAGGACCAUGGAAAACUAUGUUGCCCAGUUCAGUGAGAUUAAGGAGAGAAUUGCCAAGCGGGGUCGAAAACUUGUUGACUAUGACAGUGCCCGACACCACCUGGAGGCUGUGCAGAAUGCCAAGAAGAAAGAUGAAGCCAAGGUUGCCAAGGCAGAGGAAGAGUUCAACAAAGCCCAGAUUGUGUUUGAAGAUUUGAACCAGGAACUACUAGAGGAACUUCCUGUUCUUUAUCAUAGUCGUAUUGGCUGUUACGUGACCAUCUUCCAAAACAUUUCCAAUUUGAGGGACGUUUUCUUCAGAGAGAUGAGCAAGCUGAAUCACAAUCUCUAUGAGGUUAUGAGCAAACUGGAGAAGCAACAUUCCAACAAAGUCUUUGUGGUGAAGGGACUGUCAAGCAGCAGCAGGCGUUCUUUAGUCAUCUCUUCCCCAGUUCGAACCUCUUCGGCAUCCAGCCCUCUGACUUCUCCGACCAGUCCCUCUCCAUUUUCUGCAAAAAGUGAUAAGGAAUCUGUCUCAGCAAGUGAAGAAGAGUUAGUGCCUGAUCCAACCGAGGAAGAAGACAACUCUGAAGUCAAACAAGAGGAAACAGAGGAGGAAGAGUCUGAAAUAUGCUCCUCUUCCCCCUCCUCCUCCUCCAUCUCCCUACCUCCCUCCUCCACCUCCGAAGAAUCUCAGCUCCACAGUAGUGACCUGACCCAGGUCCAACCUUCUAUUCCGAGUGAGAGUGGAGAGUCCCAGGAGGAGGUUUUCUCUUGUUCCACAGCUCUCUCACCAGGCAAAGCACCGACCCUUUCAGAGCAGUCUUCAUCUGGGCCCGAAUUAGUUCUCCGAAGCCGCACUUCAAGCGAAGGAUCCAUGCAGAUGAAAAAGAGAUCCUCCGUCCAGAGAACCUCAGCACCCCCUACAAGGCCUCCUCCACCUAGAGCCACUCCUAGCCCCAGAACCUCCUGUGGAAAUAUACCUUCCACCCCUCCAGCAGAUGAAGGGGAUUCACCCAGAAGCCCAAGGGUGUUGUUGGGGACAGGGACCUUAAGUCCCUUAGAGGCCUCUCCUGAUACAGAGCAACCAGAGAAGCCAGCAAGAACUCCUGAGAUCAAAAAAGAGGAGAAUGCUGAUCAUCUGGACCCAGAACUUUGUACUUGCCCUACCUCUGCAAACUCUCAGAGCGAAGGUCCUCAGGUUCCUGUCUCUGUGGUUCCAGAAGAAAGCAGUGUCAUAGCACCUGAGCCUCAAGAAGAGAUAUCUGCAGCUCAAAGUACUGAACUCUGAAGAGCAACUGCUGUGGCCUCUGCAUACAUACACCUCUCCAGAGGAACUCCUCAGCCUGAGGGUGUAUAGGUCA